AUGUUACCGCUACGCUGCCUCUUCCUCUCGGCGAGCCCGUUCCGAACCACUCAUACCCCCACACUCCGUGCUCUCUUCGCCACAACAACCACGCUCCUUCAGAAGCCACUUCCACCACGACCCACCAUCCUCGAGAGCGAUAUCACAGAAGCCUUCCUCAAAGGCACCGGCCCCGGCGGCCAAAAGAUCAACAAAACCUCGUCUGCAGUGCAGCUGAAACACCUUCCCACCGGUCUCGUCAUCAAAUGCCAGGAGACCCGUUCGAGGAGUCAAAAUCGCAAGAUCGCUCGACGAAUAUUGGCAGAGAGGAUUGAGCUGCUGGUCCUGGGAGAUGACAGUCGCGCUGCCUUGAAAGCCGAGAGGGNNAAAAGAAGAAAAAAGGCUAGCAAGAACAAAAAGGCCAGGAGAAAGUACCGCAAGCUAGAAGAUGGUAAGGAGGUCGAAAUCGAUGACGACAAACCCAACGAGAACGAGACCGAGAUCGAUGAGGGACAGCACCAGGAAGAGCAUGAGACACGCGACAUCAAAGUGCAACCGGACAGCGUGGAAGGGUCAGCUGCACCCGCUCCACAUGCAGCUCAGUCGCACCACAAGCCUUGA